AUGAAGUUCGUUUCUUCAGCCUGGACCAGACAGUAUACUACUACUCGUAAUGGAUGGACAACAGUACAUGUGGUAUAUGAACCUCCUUACGAAUUCAAAUAUAAGAAUUUACAGAAUGGCGCACUUAGAAAGGAAGUUAAGGAUCUUGGAAAUGUAGAGUUUCAUGCAACACUUGAUGUUUUGUAUAACUUUAAGUUUCCUUAUAGAGGUAAAAAAAAAAUAUUUGAAAUGAUAAAAAAAAAUUAUUACUUUCUAGGUAGUCUUCUAAGAUUUUUAAGCACGUAUGGAUAUAAUUUUAAGGAUGAAAUAUCCAAGGAAAAUUGUAUUAAUAGAAUGAUAAAGCGUGUUACAUAUUUAAUAAGGGAAGGUGUUUUAACGGAUGAUGCAUAUUGCGAAGAAGUUAAAAAAGUUUUAUGGAUUGAACAAAGGACAGAUGAGGAAAUGUCUGUUAAGGUAGAUAAGCUAGAAAGUGAGGAAGCGAAAGAUCAAAUGUGUCAUAAUAAAGUUGAAAUUAAAGAUCUUAUAAGUAAAUUAGAAAAAGCUAAAGCCUUAAAACUAUCAGAAGGGAUGAUUGAAUGCAUUGUAAGUACAAUUGAGGAUUUCCUCCUUGAUGUAUUAAGAACAUCCAAAGAAGAUGUACCAUCUAAAAACUCACACGAAAAGAGUGAAAACAAACAAAAUAAAUCAACUAAAUCGAUGAAUGAAAACUCGGCUACUGAUAAUAAAAAUUGA